GGCGGGAGUGCCAACGCGUGAGCGCGCAUGGUGUCUCCGCAUGUGACGUAGUAUUUCUUCUGCGGGAUUGCGCGCUCGGCAGGACUCGUAUGGGUACGGAAAGUCACAGAGCAGGGGGGUUUGUGGAUCACUUGUCCAACUAGUGAGCAAUCUCUUGUCUGAGAUCACGAUAAUAUAGACAUGUCGGGGGAAAACGAAGAAACACAGACGGCCGAGGAGACAUCAGUGGACGAGAAGGAGAUUCAGGACAAGGUGAUCAGUCCUGAGAAGGCGGAGGAGGCCAAACUGAAGGCCAGAUACCCAAAUUUAGGAAACAAGCCCGGGGGCUCUGAUCUGCUUCGCAAACGCCUGCAGAAGGGGCAAAAGUACUUUGACUCUGGCGACUACAACAUGGCUAAGGCAAAGAUAAAGAACAAGCAAUUGCCGACAGCUGCACCGGAGAAGACCGAGAUCACAGGGGACCACAUCCCCACCCCCCAGGACCUGCCGCAGAGGAAACCUUCUCUGGUGGCCAGUAAACUGGCAGGCUGAUGCACUCAGAGCCUUGUCAGCCCCUGCAGCAGCACCUCCCAGCCCCAACCCUCUCCACUCAAGUCUCAGAGCUGUAACAUUACCUCUCCCCACCCCUCACCGUACCACCUGUCCCCUGAUCUUGUCCCCUCCCCACCAGCCUGGACCCCUCCCCAACAGGAACCCACUCAUAUCACCCAGCAAACUGGCUAGCUGGUACCUUCAAACCCUGUUUAUUUUAUUAUUUUUGCACCCCAUCUCAACCUGCCCCUACUACCUCCUUAUCCUUGUUUUUGUCCCUCACUACUCCCCCCAAACUGACUGCCCCUUCUGUCAUCGUCCUCCUACAUUUCCACGUUCCUUUUUCUUUUCUUUUUACUUUCAUGUAAGAUACGUUGAAAAACAGGACAACCAAGUUUGAUGUGUUGAGCGGACUGUGACGCCUCUGCGCGACUGUUGGACGACUGAUACCGCUGUGUUUACUGGAUGACGAGAGGGGCACGCGGCAGGAGCUGUGUCUUGUAUGGUUGGAGGGCUUUAGUGUGGUCAUCAGGAUCCCUCAGUUUGGAAGUGUGUGUAUAUAUAUAUAUUUCCUUUUUGUUUGGCACAGGGGCAGACGUCAGCCUUUUAGAGCGUUUUACAUCAGAUUUGUAUCAUUCACUGUAUGUCCUUAUUCUAAAUUAUGCUGUCAAUAUGCUUGAGUGAUUGACUGAUUAGUAAUCCAGAGGCCAAGCUCAGUUUUGUUAACACUUUGAUUGUGAACCACGAGGAGGGGGAGAAGCUGUACUAAAGGACCAGACAGUGAAUGCCAGAGUGCCACAUGAAAGUGCAUGUGUGACGCAGAGCUCCCAAAGGUGAACAUCACUGAGCUCUGUUUUAAUUCAUCAAGGUGCAAGCUCAGGUGCAGCAUACGAGCGCUGGGUGGUAUGUAGACGGUGCAUUCAAGACAUCUUGAAACUGGGAAAUGCUUUCAAGAGUGAAAGAGGAGGGGAUUGUGGUAUUGCUUCAGUUUGAACGGCAACAUUUGAAAGCUUGUAUUUGUGGUGUGCCAUGCAUUUCAGCCUCAGAUGGCGACACAGUCACUCUCCUCAGGCCAAAAGUCUCUAGUUCCAAGUUGUCCUGAAUCAAUCCUUAAUGCUUGCAAAGGGUUAGAGGAAUAUACAGGACCUGAAAGCUAAAUUCUUGUCAGCAGGGACCAGCCUUUGCGUCCUCUAUGGUUUAAAAAAAAUAAUGUACUGGGAGCAGCUCUUGGCGCUGGGAACAAAUAGUGUUAUGAAUUGUGUUCAGACUUGGGGGGGGAAAAACAAACUUCUAUAUGCAUAAGUAGUUUUAUCUUUAAAAUAUCUUUGGCCCUGUAAAGUGCUUUUCCAGGGUUCGUACUGACUGGAUGAAGUUUACCCGCAAUGUGGUAAAUCUAAGCUAGCACUACAUCCGUCUGAGCUGUGCAUGUAUAUGGCUGCCCUGCUGUCACUUUGUGCCAUUUUGUUUUGUAAAUAAAAUAGUUUUGCACAAAUGUUUAA